AUGGCCAACCAUUACAGCCACUACCACCUCCCCCGCCCUGAGGAGAGCCUGGCGAGCCUAGGCAGCCUCAGCAGCAGGAAGGGGGGAGGGGUGGGGCUUUCCCACGCGUUGAUAGGGAGGUCAACGUCAUAUUUGAAGGCCAUGGAGCACAAGAAAGUAGAAGGCAACAAAAGCUUAAUGAUCGAUUCCAUCGCCUACCAUGAAAUAACCCGCCUCGCCUCGGCGUGCAACCGUCCCAUUGCAUUGCAAGGAAGGAACACCUGCUCUGCUCCGCUCUCGCCCCUCGCCUCUCCCUCCAAGCAACAACCCGCCGGCUGCCUGCCGUCGCCGCCGCGCCACCACAACACCAGUCCACCACCACGCGGCCGCGCGGCGGACGCCACGACGAUGGAGCUCUUCCCUCACGGGGGCUUCGUGCGGCUGCGGAGCCGAGCGCGGGACAAGUACAUCCACGCCGACGCGGACGCGAGCGGGGUCUCCCUGCGCCCGCUCGGCGCCGCACCCUCUGUGAACGCGGUGUGGAAACCGGAGCGUUGGCCCAGCGAAGGGGACUUCUUAAUCCUCCAGGGCGUCGCCUACGGCCGGUACCUCGCUGUCUCGGACAAGGACGCGCCGCCCGGCCACCGCGGCGUCCGCGCCGUCCAGCGCGACUACAACUCGCCGCACGCGGAGGCUCCCUUCUUGUGGACGGCCUUUAGGGUGGAUGCCGACCAGAACUACGUCCGCUUGCACAACCACCAGCGCUGGCUCCGCGCCAACGGCAGGCAUCGCUACUGGAACAACGUCGUCACCAUCGAUACCAGGAACGCCAGCCUGACCACGAUGAUGCAGUGGAGGGUCGAGGAAAUCCCAGUGAGCCCGGAGCCGCUACCCCUUCCGCCUCCACCUCAACAACCUACGAUUCAUGUAAGCCGUGGCCUAUUCAAGCGGCGGGCUAAGGUGCAUCCAUCGGGCCGGAUGAUCCAGCACGUGCGGAUGGACGAUGAUGGGUUUAUUCUUGACAACUGGCCUGAUUUCAACUUCGACGACUACUCCGUCUCCAACCUGAGGGCCGAGGUGGCGCUCCGUCAGGAUGACGAGAACAUCACGUUGUGCCUGCGGGCCGGCAAGCAUGCGCUCUUAAUCCCUCUUAUCACAGACCUGCCUCAUAACACAGAUCCCCUGGACAUCAUCGUGAUGCCCACCGGAUCACCAGGUUUAGAUGCGAUAGAGUACCCACAGUUUGAUGCGCCAGAACCGUAGAGGAGUACGGGAGUAGAGCUUCUAACAACUUUGGCACUUUGCAAUUCAUCUUUGGGAAGCAGAGAGCCUUUAAGCAUCGACGCCCCUAAUAAUCUGAUAUAUACAGUGACAUGAGAAUUGAUUGUUAUCUUUUGUUAAGAUAGUUUCAGCAAUUUUUUUUCUGUAAUGGUGGUUAGAUUUGAUGCGAUCCACUGACCGGAUGCGGUUUGAGAUGACAUUUCAGUUUCAGAAACUUAAAAAAAAAACUGAAAAUCUGAAACCAUUAUGUAGAAAUUAUGG